AAAAUUUUCCGAGGGACGUGCUCGAUCUUCUUCAACGCGGUCUCCGUAUAAUCGUCAAGGUUGGACAAGUUGGACCAGGAAGAAAAGAUGAACAAAUUGGUGGUUUUGGUGGGACUUGUUGCCGCGUCCGCGAUGGCUGUGCCCAUGCCUGAUUCUAGCACAGUUCAGUUGAACAGGAAUCUCGAUUGCUUCGAGCAAGAGAACGAGCUGUUCAGCUGCGCGUUCGUCAAGACCGUCAGCGCGUUGGAUAGAGCUGCCAGGUCUAGUGAUAUCGAGAUUGUCGAUGGUGUGAAGUUUGUGAGGGAAACGCCAAUGGAACGCAGCGGUAAAGAUCUGAAGACGGAGGUCGAAAUGAUGAACGAACUGCCGAGAGAUACGUCGGACAGAGCCAUCAAACUCGCCACUAUGUUGUUCGAAUCGGUCGUAUCGUUCAUGAAGUCCCACAGUCUGAAGCUGAGCAUGCCCGAGGAGGGUUCAAUCUCCCGCGCUCUUGACGAAGGUCGCGCCAAAAUGAAGAAAAUGGCACUGCCUCUGAUCGCCGCGGCGGGAGUGAAACUGUUCGCCCUGAUUCCAAUUCUUCUCGGAGGUCUCGGUCUCCUGGUCACGAAAGCCCUGUUUGUAGGAAAGAUUGCCCUCCUGUUAGCCGGAGUGUUGGCUUUCCAAAGAUUAUUCGGCGGCAAUAGUACUGGAGCCGCCAAUUUCUUUAGCAAGAACACUCAACCAUCCACCGGAUGGAUUGACAGCGCUAAUCAAGGCUGGUCAACCAAUGUCGCGGCAGGUGUCCAACCUCAGGGAUACUACAAGAGAAGCUUCGACGUCGGAAACGGAAAAGUGGAUGCUCAUUCGAUGGCAUACUCGGCGCAAACGCCAAUCACGAACGAAACCAAUUAAAAGAAGACGACGAUCUCGAGUCCACGUUUUAUGAGGAACGAAAGA